AUGAACGAAUCAACUCCGCCAAAAUGGUUCGACAGAUGCUGAUUUUUGACAUGGACGGUACUUUGACAGAUCCGGUACAGGUUAUAAGCAACAAUGUGAAAGAUAUAUUGAGGCGAUGUAAACUUAAAAACUUUGAGAUUGCUGUGGUAUCGGGGUCAAAGUAUGAUAAGAUAAAAGGACAACUUAACGAUGGGUUUAUUGAUGAGUUCGAUUAUGUUUUUUCCGAAAACGGAACACAAGUCUAUGUUAAAAAUGUUUUAGUGAAAUCACUGGAUAUUACUGAGGCGAUACCGGAGACGAAACUUCGUAAAAUGAUUGAGUUUUCUCUUCGGUAUAUUGCUGACUUAGACAUUCCAACUAAACGGGGUACCUUUAUUGAACAUCGUAAAAGUCUAAUUAACAUAUGUCCUCCCGGACGCAAUAGCUCUAUGGAUGACCGCAGAAGAUUUGUUGAAUACGACUCUAUUCACCAUGUCAGGCAGAAGUUCAUACAAGUAUUAAAAUCUCAGUUCGAUAGCGACGAUUGUCCGUUAUCAUUUGUGGCGGGUGGACAAAUUUCUAUCGAUGUCUAUCCCAAGGCAUGGAGUAAAUCGAUUGCGCUUUCUCACAUUGAAAAAUGCGACGUAAUUCAUUUUUUCGGUGAUAACACUAGAGAGGGAGGUAACGACUUUGAGAUCUACAAUCAUCCUGAUGUUAUCGGCCAUACUGUAACUGGUUACAAAGAUUUAGUCAAUCAACUAGAAGAGUUAUUAGCUAAAUCAUAAUCGCUGUUCAUA